CAAAACAAUCCGGAAAAGAACAAAGCUGUACGAUCCACACGUGCCACUUUCAAAACUUACUUCAAAACUACAGCAAUCGUAAACUGUGGUACUGGCAUAGGAGUAGACAUGUAGGUCAAUGUUUUUGAAUUUACAGUGAGAAAUAAACCCAUAGAUUUAUGAAUAGUUGAUAUUCAACAAGGGGGCCCAGACCGUUCAAUGGAAGAAUGAGCAAUCUCUUCAACAAACGGUGCUGGGAAAACUGAAUAUUGACAGAAAAAAGAAUGAACGUGGGCUCCAGUUUCACACCACGUAUGAAAAUGAGUUCCAAAACGGAUCACAAACCCAAACGUAAGCGAUGAAACUAUGAAACUCUUGGAAUAAAACAUAGAUAUAAAUCCCCCUGGCUUUAACUACACAACAGUUCCUUACAUAUGGCAGCAAAAGCGCGGCCACAAAAGAAAGGGGGUGGUGGAAAGAGGAUAAGUUGUACACCAUCCAAACCAAAAACUUUUGUGCAUGAAAGGACUCUGUCUAGAAGGUGAAAGGACAAAACGCACAGGAUGGGAGAAGCAUUUGCAAAUCACACAUGGGAUAAGGGUGUAUUCUCCAGAAUGCAUAAAGAACACCUACAAGUCAACAAUGAAAGCACGAACGUACAACCCAGUUAAAAAAUGGGAAAGGACUUGAACAGACGUUCCUCCAAAGUGGAUGUGCAAAUGGCCAAGAGGCACACGAAAAGACGCUCAACAUCAUGCGCCAACAGGGCGAUGCAAAUCGCAACCGCCAUGAGGCACCACUUCGCAGCCAGUAGGCUGGCUCUUCUAGGCACAAGAAAGCAAAACAAAGGCAAAAAGACGAGUUCGGGCGAGGGUGAGCAAGACUGGGACUCACACACUGCUGCUGGGAAUGCAAAGCUGCUGUGGGAAUCCGCUGGGCGGCUCCUCAGUAAGUUACCGGCAGAAUUAGCACCCGACCCCUCAAUCGCAGUCCCGGUGCAAUUUCCUACCCUAGGGAAUCAGAAACAGGUGCUCAAACAGAACCCUGUGCAGGAAAUGUUCGGCGCAGCGCUGUUCACAUCUGCCGCAAGGUGGGAAUGGCGGAGCUGCCUGUCAACCCAUGAACUGGGAUAGGCCGCCACACACGGUGUGUCCCUGCGGUGGAAUAUUACUCAGCCGUGAAAAGGCUUGAAGCGCUGACUCACGCUCCCACACGGACGAACGAACCCUAGUGACAACGCUGCGCUACGGGAAAGCAACCAGGCACAGAAAGCCGCCUAUUCGCCCAGCGAUCCCGCGUGCAGAAAGAAGUAAGUGUCCGGGACAGGCGAACCCCUAUGGGCAGCAAGCCGACUAGCGGUUGCCUGGGGGCUCCCGAGGACGGGGGUGGGGGGGAGAGGGGUGCGGUGAGGACUGGCUGCCUGACACGUACAGGGGUUUCUUUGAGGGGUGCUGCCACGGUUUGGAACUAGACGGUCGUGGUGGUCGCCCGACCCCUCUAGUGUACACUCGGGGCCGCUGGCUCCUACACGGGUGUUGUGUGUGCACAAUGCGCCCGCCCAGCCAAAAGCCAGCGUUCCUUCAAACAGGGGUUCCAGGGAGCAGGCUCCCGCCCAGCACUGUUUCUCUGCAGCGGGGGCCCAUGGGAAAGCAGUGACUUCACCGGAUGUACGUGUCCCAAAACGCGCACCCGACCAAUGAUGGGGUCGGUCUGUGACCUCUAGGAUAUAGAGUAGCGGCUUUGGAACGCUGCCGGUCGGAAACUUCGGGCCAACUGGCUUUUUACACCGCUUCCCGCCACAUCGCACCAUAUCCAGCCCUAUCCGACCGCAUCCAGCCGCACCCGACCGCUUCCCGCAGCGCACGCCAGACCGAGGCCCGUCCGAGAAAGCGCAGCCGAGGCCCAGCAUGCCUGUGAGGAGGAGCCGUCGAGGGUCGUCCAGUGGCCAGAGCCGGGUCCGCUCCCACACUGCCCCAGCCGAGUUGACGUUCUCCGUGAGCCACGUGGAGCGCCUCCUGCGGGAGGGCCGCUACUCGCAGCGCCUGGGCGCGUCCGCCCCGAUCUUCCUAGCGGCCGUCAUCCAGUCCCUGACGGCCAAGGUCCUGGAGCUGGCCGGCAUCGAGGCCCGGAACAGCGGCAGGAGGCUCAUCACCCCGGGUGUCGUGGACAUGGUGGUCCACAACCACCCGCUGCUCAGCGCCUUCUUCCAGUCCACCAUCAUCUCCCAGGCGGUCCCGGGCUGGAACUAGCUGUCCCACGCGACGUGGGGUCCGGCGGGCGCCAGGCCUACUCGUGGCCGGGGUGGGCCCCGGCCGGCCUGGUGCCUCAGGCAGUCACUGAAAGCCAAUAAAGUGUUUGGAGAAA